UCAUCCUCCAGGAACCGGUGGAAGACAUUCCCUGUUAGCGGCGUUGUGAUGUGUGGGGACUGUGUGGAGAAGGAAUAUUCCACCUGGGGUAACACCUGCUUGGAGAAUGGAUCUUUCUUGCUGAACUUUACAGGCUGUGCUGUGUGCAGUAAACAGGAUUUUACGAUGAUCACAAACAAAUCCUUCAGAGAAGAAGGUGUAGAAGAAAUAGUUACCUAUGAUCAGUGUGAGAAUUGUCAUCACGUAGGCAGACAUGAAUAUACAUUCAGUGUCAUGGAUGAAUUUCAGGAGUAUCCCAUGCUGCGUCUGUUAUGUGGCAAAGCAAAAGAUACGAUCAGUAUUCUCCCUGAUGACCCCCAACAGAUGACUCUGUUGUUCUAA